AUGUCAUUCAUGAAUGAGGCCACUGGUCUUUCGUCAAGAGUAUCGUACAAAGACUACCUACAGUACUUUCUCUACGGAGGGAUGAUUUAUUUGGCUCUCAAGCAGUGGCGCAAGGCAUUACAUUUUCUUGGUGCUGUGAUCUCUAUGCCCACCAUCGGUUCUGUGAGCAUGAUUAUGGUUGAGGCAUAUAAAAAAUGGAUCCUCGUGGGGCUACUCGAAAAGGGCAAACUAUGUUCUCCACCGAGCAUGACUGCGCCUCAUAUCUUCAAAACAUUCCAGGCCCUUUCCAAGCCCUACAUCGCUCUUGCCCAUGCUUUUGAGUAUGGCGAUGUGAAAAGAAUAGAGGCGGAGGUUGAUGCUGCUAAAGAAAUAUGGUGUAUGGACAAUAACAUGGGUCUUGUUUCUCAGGUGGUCAAUGCAUAUUCAACACACUCAUUGAUCAAGGCGAAGAAGGUUUUUACAGCCUUGACGAUGGCAGAACUUUCAGCACACACGCCAUUAUUGCCUGCCGAUGCCAAUGGGGUUGGCGAGGCCCAUAUAGCAUCACUUAUUGUAUCUGAAGAUACAGAUGCGACUUUAGUACACUCCAACGCUAAUUCGACGGAUACGAUGUUGCAUUUCGGCGAUCUUUCCUCUCUGUUGAAAAUGCCACGUGAGACUAAUAUCCAAGCACAAUUCAAGCAAGAGGGACAAUUGCUGGAGAGUCUCUUUGGUGGUGUGGAAGGAAAUGGUAAUAGGCUAGGUUUGUGUGAUGAGUUCCUUGACGGUGUUCUAAGAGGCCAAUCGUGGCCUAGUGGUGGAGGUAUGAACCUGUUAGGUAUGGGUGGAAAUGGAGGUGUCGGUUUGGAGAUGGAGGAAGAUAUUAUGGGUGAUUUAUCUUAA